CAUGCAUGGAAAUUAGAAAGCUUACAUUGAAAUAUUACAAGACAAAGAUAAACUCAGAUUUCAGUUCCUACCCACAUGAAGUUCAGUACAACAAAACUAGAAACAAACCCCAAACUGAGAAAACAAUGAAUCAGACAUUGUAGCCCCUAAAUGCUUUGUUCAUCUCAUCGAGGCAACAUCUGUUGUAACACAUGUAAAAAGGAUCCUCAAAAUAAUCUUAAAAAAAAAAAAAACUGACCUGUUUCAACGUGAUUCUCCGGGACCACACCCAUUUCCAAUUUCCAAUUUUCCCAUUUCAACGAUCAAAAUUAGUUUCAGCCUCUAAGACAGAAGAAAACACCACACUACACUGUUUAAAGACUGGAAGAGAAGGGUCAAAGUUCAAACCUCAAAAAACCCUUUCUCUCUUUUGUAUUUCUCUGUUGCUUAGUUCCUUGGGUUCUAUCAUGUGCUGAUAUUGACCCCAUUACUUACAUUUCUCAGUUCAUUUGGGCAAGGCUUUUAUUUUAUUUUUUGAAAAGAGGGGUUCUUUGCUGGUUUACCAUGGUGGUUUAUGCAAAGGCAAUGUUGGGUUUUCUGGCUUUUGUUGGGUUGCAGCUUCCUUUGAUACUGGCAGGUUAAGUUUCUUUGCUUUCUUGUUUCCAUUUGUUGAGCUUUGCUUACCCUUUUUUAAGCAAGUUGUAAUUGUUGUUAUCACUUGUUUUUCCUUAUUGUUGAAGGCAUCAUUUUGGGCAUUCUAUUAUGCUUAAAAAAAGGGGGUUUGGGGUAUAUAUAGAGUCCUGAAAAUGGGUUUGGGUUUUUGAAGCUGAAAACUUUGAAUUAUGAUUUGCAUUCAUAAAAGAGAAAAGGGGGACUAGAAUGUUUGAGCUACUUGCACUUUGUAAACCAGUUAUGUGAUUCAGAUGAUCUAUGGAUUGCCCCCUAGAUUUGAGUGGAUCAAAUUUUACUCUCGUGGCUUCUUUGUGCUCGAAUAAAAACGAGAGAGGAAAGUGCUGCCGCUAUAUGAAUGCUUUCGUUGCAUUUUCCGUUGCUCGUCAUGCAAAUGUGACAGGCAACCUAGGGGUUACAUCGAAUUUAUCUGAUGUUUGCAUCCAUUCCAUAUUGCAAACCAUGGAGCUAUAUGGAGUCCCUCGAAAUGCCACGAAUUUCUGCGGGUUUGGUACGAAGAUCCCCGUUAGUUAUUACUGUAGGGAUCAAACAACUGUAUCUCAGAUGCUCGAGUCUCCAAAAUUUAUGGAUGUCACAAAGAACUGCAAACUGCCACUAUCGCAGGAAAAUGAAUGCCGAAAGUGUUUAAAUGCUGGUAUUAACUACGUCCAUCAUCUAGUUGGAUCUCAAGAUAAUAUCACAUUGAGUACUUGCCGAGAUGCGACCUUUGCUGCACUUGCAAGCCAAGUUGAUAACAUUUCAGCCGUCGAAAUUGCAAGUUGUUUUUUUCAAGUUGGGGGAUUUAACAUCCCACCAGUCUUGGGGUCAUCUCCAUCUCCACCUGCCCCUAAGGCUUCUCCUAGUCCACUGGUUGCUGCUACACCAAAUCAACACGUGUUGGGAGCUCCUCCGAACCAAAAACACCAUGAACGCCACCUAAUGUCUAUUCUAGGCAUUGGCAUAGCAGUUACGGUAGCUGCCAUUAUGAUGCUUAUAGUCUUGGUGGUCUUGAUUUGUAAGAAAAGCAGAGAGUUGGAGGAUUCCGAGAAUGUGAACAUGAACUCUUCAAAACACUUUCCUACUUGUAGGGGCAUGCAUAAAUUCCAGGAAGGUACUUCAUCGAUGUUUCGAAAAUACAGCUACAAGGAAACAAAAAGGAGAACUUAUGGUUUUAGCACCAUCAUUGGACGAGGAGGAUUCGGGACAGUGUACAAAGCUCAAUAUACUGAUGGCUCAAUGGUAGCUGUGAAGCGGAUGAACAGAGUCUCAGAGCAGGGAGAAGAUGAAUUUUGUCGAGAGAUAGAACUCCUCGCUAGGUUACACCAUCGGCAUCUAGUUGCUCUAAGAGGAUUUUGCAUUAAAAAGCGCAAGAGGUUUCUAAUGUAUGAGUACAUGUCAAAUGGAUGCCUAAAAGAUCAUCUUCAUUCCCCAGGAAAAACUCCACUGAGUUGGGAAACCAGAAUACAAAUUGCGAUUGAUGUGGCUAAUGCUUUGGAGUACCUUCACUUUUAUUGUGAUCCACCUCUGUGCCACAGGGACAUCAAAUCAAGCAACAUUCUGUUGGAUGAGGAUUUUGUUGCAAAGGUUGCAGAUUUUGGCCUUGCACAUGCUUCAAAAGGUGGCUCUAUUUGCUUAGAACCUGCAAAAACCGACAUCCGUGGAACUCCAGGUUAUAUGGAUCCUGAAUAUGUGGUCACUCAAGAGCUCACUGAUAAAAGCGAUGUGUACAGCUAUGGUGUGCUACUUUUGGAGAUGGUCACUGCAAGACAAGUCGUACAAGAUGGUGUGAGUUUGGUAGAAUCAACCCAAAUACUGUUGGCAUCAGAGUCAAGGCUAACCGAGCUUCUAGACCCCCAUAUUAAGGACUCCUUCAACUUAGACCAACUUCAGACAGUUGUGUCCAUUGUGAGAUGGUGCACCCAAAGAGAAGGGCGGGCUAGACCUUCAAUGAAACAAGUCCUUCGGCUUUUGUACGAGAGUUCAGAUCCGAUGCAAAGUGGGUUUAUACAAGCCGUUGAAGAUGAAGAUUAUGAAGGUGGUAGCGACGGAAGAGGACGGCUAAGCAGAGUGAAAAUUCCUAGGAGUGGACCUCUUUUUCACAGCGGGGACGGAAGAUACCUUGCUUCAUCUUCAAGCACAUCGAGGUCAUAUUGCAGUAGAAGCUUUUUACUGGAAACCAGUUCGCCACGAUCCCCUCAAAACAUACUCUCCCUUUGAAGCCAAUCUUUUGUUCAUCCCGUGAGCUAGAAG